AUGCUAAACACAUACGAGAUAAUUCGCGAGCUCGGUCGGGGUCAGCACGGCAAGGUCAAGCUUGGCCGAGAUCUCACUACUGGUGACUUUGUGGCGAUCAAAAUUAUGAACCGGACAGGCAGGCCCCGCCUGGGCCGACCAAUGCGCCCGGGAUCUACACAAGAAGACAAAAUCAGACGCGAGAUUGCUAUCCUGAAAACAUGCAACCACCCGCACAUUGUGCGCCUGCGCGAGGUACUAGACGACUCCAACUCCAACAAGAUAUUUUUGGUUCUCGAGUAUGUCGAGCUUGGAGAAAUCAAAUGGACCACCGAGGACGGCAAUCCUGCGAUGACUGUCGAUUAUGCUCGGUCAAUAUUUCGCGACGUUGUUCUAGGCCUCGAGUACCUGCACUACAAAGGCAUCAUUCACCGAGACAUAAAACCAGCAAACCUUUUGAUGACGAGCGAGGGCAAUGCGAAGAUUAGCGAUUUCGGCGUCAGCUAUAUCUCGGGACUCUCUGGUGAGGACGACGAGCUGGAGCUUGCAAAGACUGCCGGAACUCCGGCGUUCUUUGCGCCCGAGCUGUGUUAUAACGACCCUGAUCUUCCGCGGCCACAGAUUACAAACAAGAUCGACAUCUGGGCACUCGGUGUCACUCUUUUCUGUCUGAUAUAUGGCAAAUGUCCAUUCACGGCAGAUAACGAAUUCGAGCUUUUCAAUGUGAUUGCCAAAGAACCGGUCGUGUUCCCUGACAAUGUCGACUUACCUGACGAGGCGAAGAAUCUGAUUCUCAACUUGUUGGAGAAAAAUCCAGACAAGCGGAUGUCGAUCGCCGAAAUCAAAAAGAAUCCUUGGGUUUUGGAAGGAAUGACCGAUGACAAGCGGACAGAAUUUCUUUCCCAGGCUCUUCUUUCACGAUGA